AUGUCCACCUGUACUCUCCCCAGCAGCAAUCCCAAGCCGCACUUCUCCAGCUCUUACACAGAAGAACAAGGCAUCCAAGACCUACUCCCCCUCUUAAAAACCUCGGGGCAAGGAGGAAGAUGGAGCGUGAUAGAAAGCGGGAAAGGAAUCGAGAGGAAGUUUAAAUUCAAGGGGUUUAAGAAAUGCUGGGUUAGUUAGCUGUUAUUACCUCCGUACUCGUUGGUGAUAAGUGGUGAUUGGGGGUUGACAUUUUAUAUAUAGGAAUUCAUGAAUACAGUAGCGCCAGAAUGUACGGUGCAGAAACAUCAUCCUGAGUGGUCUAAUGUAAAUUCUUCACCUUUUGUUGGUUUUUUGUAUUGAUUAAUAAUUGCAGGUUUAUAAUACGACUUUUAUUCGCUGGACUACUCAUUCUCCGCCUGGGCUGUCACCGAAGGAUGUUCUCAUGGCGAAAUUUUGUGAUGAAGCGGCUUUGAAAUUCGGUGAGGUGAUUGAAGAUGUAGAGGAAGAAGGGGGAUUGGGAAUGGACUUGGUGGAUAGGGUUGCGACGGAAGCUGGGGAUUGUUGCGUGCCUAAGAAGAAAGGUUGA